AUGUUUAGCCGGAUUUACUUCACCACUCCUUGUUAUUUUUGUUCACUCCGCUCAGUACCAGGCUAUCUCAUGAAUAUGCACUCCAUCAACAUGCGAGCCAUCUGGCCCCUCGUCUCUCUCUUCUCUGCCGUCAAGGCCCUCCCCGCCGCAAGCGCGACUACUUCAGCGUCCGUUGCUGCUUCGAGCUCUCCGGCACCAACGGCCUCUGCUACCGGCAAUCCCUUUGAGGGAUACCAGCUCUAUGUGAACCCCUACUAUAAGUCACAAGUGGAGAGUUCGGCUAUUCCAUCGUUGUCUGCUAGUUCUCUGGUCGCGCAGGCGAGUGCUGCGGCCGAUGUGCCUUCGUUUUACUGGCUAGACACGGCGGACAAGGUGCCUACCAUGGGUGAAUAUCUGGAUGACAUCCAGACGCAAAACGCCGCUGGAGCAAGUCCUCCCAUUGCUGGUAUCUUCGUCGUCUAUGACCUGCCGGAUCGGGAUUGCGCUGCCUUGGCUAGUAAUGGGGAAUACGCGAUUAGUGAUGGCGGCGUGGAGAAGUAUAAGGCGUACAUUGAUUCUAUUCGCGAGCAGGUCGAGACGUACUCGGAUGUCCAAACAAUCUUGAUUAUUGAACCCGAUAGCUUGGCUAACCUGGUGACGAAUCUCGAUGUGGCUAAAUGCGCCAAUGCCCAAUCUGCUUACCUGGAAUGCACCAACUAUGCACUUGAGCAGCUGAAUUUGCCGAACGUGGCUAUGUAUCUUGACGCUGGCCAUGCGGGAUGGCUGGGAUGGCCUGCCAACAUCGGUCCCGCGGCGGAACUCUACGCAUCGGUGUAUAAGAACGCAUCAUCUCCAGCAGCUGUUCGUGGUCUCGCUACAAACGUAGCUAACUUCAACGCCUGGAGCAUCGACACUUGCCCCUCUUAUACAUCGGGCAACGAUGUCUGUGAUGAGAAGAGCUACAUCAAUGCCUUUGCACCGGAGCUCUCUAGUGCUGGAUUUGAUGCCCACUUUAUUACCGAUACGGGUCGCAAUGGAAAGCAGCCUACUGGACAGAGCGCGUGGGGUGACUGGUGCAAUGUCAAGGAUACCGGCUUCGGUGCUCAGCCGACAACCGAUACUGGAGACGAGCUGGCUGAUGCCUUUGUCUGGGUCAAGCCUGGCGGAGAGAGCGAUGGGACAUCGGAUACUAGCUCUUCUCGCUACGAUGCGCAUUGCGGAUAUAGUGAUGCUUUGCAGCCUGCCCCGGAGGCUGGUACUUGGUUCCAGGCAUACUUUGAGCAGCUUUUGACCAAUGCCAACCCUUCCCUGUGA